ACAGUCCAUGCUUUCUUGUACCCAAACAUGACUCUCUCAAUUUUUUCGUUUCGUUUUGCACAUGGGUCCCAAUUUUAUUGUUAAUCGGACGAACCGCAGGAAAAAAAAAAAAAUUAAUUAGUCAAUACUGAGCCCCUCUCCCCAUUCGAACUCUUUCGAUUGAUUUCUCGCUUCUCUGUGUCUGAAUUCGAUCGCUAUUGGCAGCCAUGGGAAAAGAGAUUGAGCUGAAAACAGCUCCAGCUGAUUAUCGAUUCCCUACGACAAAUCAAACCAGACACUGUUUCACCCGCUACAUUGAAUUUCAUAGGUGUGUGGCAGCGAAGGGUGAUGAAGGUAAUGAUUGUGAACGUUUUGCUAAAUACUACCGUUCCCUUUGCCCCUCUGAGUGGGUCGAGAGGUGGAAUGAGCAGAGGGAGAAUGGAACAUUUCCAGGUCCCCUUUGAUCUCACAUCAGCGAGCUGAACAGUCUUUGCCCGUAUUUGUCUUCUCAUUUUCUUCUAGCUACAUUUGUGGUUGUGCUUUGACUAUGAAUUAAUAAGGCACUGUUUGGAAUUCCUUGUCAGUUUGUUGAAUUGACAUGAAUUAUUGCGGAUAUUUGUGCUGGUUUCUAAUUUGUUUAUUUUCGUUGUACUGUUAAUUGUUCU